CUCCGCCUCUCCAAAGCUUGAGGAACCAGAAUGGUUUCCGAAAACUUUUGCCAAAACGUAAUUAUUUUUAUGCAGUCACAAGACACCAGUGGUUAAAUGUGCGAUCUCCUGACAUGAGCAACAUUCAUGGUUCUUGUUAUCAGGCUGCUGUGGGUGGGAGCAUCGGUAUAGGUUAAUAACUUACCGGGAAUGUCUCUCCUGGUUUUUCUGUGUCUGUGGGUUGGUGGGUCUGCCCUGGGAGCCCAGCAGAGCCCUCUCCCCUCCAUGGCCCAGUUACCCUUCAUUACGGUGUGGAAUGCCCCUACUGAACCCUGCAUGUCCAAGUACAAAGUGGACCUGGACCUAAGUGUUUUCCACAUCGUGCUGAACGUGAACCAAAGCUUCAUGGGAACAAACAUAACCAUCUUCUAUGAGAGCAAGCUGGGCCACUAUCCAUACUACACUGCCAGUGGGGAGGCUAUCAACGGAGGCGUACCACAGAACACCAGCCUGCAGCAGCACCUGAAGGAUGCCCAGGCCAACAUUGUGACAUACAUCCCUUCCCCUGACUUCCAGGGGCUGGCCGUUGUGGACUGGGAGAGCUGGCGGCCCCUGUGGAUUCGAAACUGGGACGCUAAGCAGGUGUACCGGGAGGGGUCUCGGACACUGGUGCAGGCUAAACACCCAGCCUGGACCCCAGCCCAGGUGGAAGCUGAAGCCAAGAAGGAGUUUCAGGAGGCAGGCCGGGCGUUUAUGGAGGACACCCUUAGGCUGGGCCGCAGUGUAAGACCUGGGGGGUUAUGGGGUUUCUACGGUUUCCCCGGCUGCUACAACUUCCAGUACAAGAACGUCACAGCCAACUACACCGGGGAGUGCCCCGCGCUGGAGAUGAAGAGGAAUGAUCAGCUGGCCUGGCUGUGGAACGCCAGCUCUGCCCUCUACCCGCACAUUUACCUGGAACUGAGUCUGCGGGGCAGGCGAGAUGCCAUCCGCCAGUAUGCCCACCAUCGCAUUCUGGAGGCUAUGAGGGUAGCUGGGCAGGUCAAACCCAAUGGCCUUCCAGUGCUGCCCUAUUCACGCAUUGCCUACACCUUUUCACUGGAGUUCCUUUCCCAGGAGGACUUGGUGCACACAAUUGGGGAGAGCGUAGCUCUUGGGGCAGCAGGAGUUGUGCUGUGGGGAGAUGGAAAUUUUUCCAAAUCAAUGGCAGCAUGUCAGGCAGUGAAAGGCUACCUGGACAAGAUCCUGGGGCGCUACGUGGUCAAUGUGACCGCGGCCGCCACCAUCUGCAGCAAGGUGGUGUGCUUCGGCCAUGGGCGGUGCCAGAGGAAGGACCGCUCCUCUGCUGCCUUCCUCCACCUGGAGCCCCAGGACUGGAGCAUACUGUCCACCCCAGGCCCGAGGGGAUCGCCCCGGUACAGUGUGCAUGGGCAGCUCAGCCAGCGGGCCACGCGGCACAUGGUCAAGCAGUUUGAAUGCCAGUGUUACCCUGGCUGGGGUGGUGAGCACUGUGAAAAGCCUGCCUGAACGCACUACUAUCCAGAGUCAAUCUACUAAUAUUACCAAUGCAAACAGUUAAAAAAAAAAUAUAUAUAAAAAUAAUACACUAUAAAUCUUUUUUCACAAAAACAUUGAGAUCAACCUUGGGUUAAAGCGGCAUUAAAUGAAACGGCCCCUAAACCUGACACGACAUUUCCAGCAUUUUACUCACAAAAUUAUAGCUGACUUAUGGCUGCAGGCAAGGUUCCUUUGAGAUGAAAAACAGAUCUACUUUAUGACAGAAGUCUUGUAAAAAUGGCCGACAUAGAGAAAGUUUGAUGAGGCCAAAGACUCAGCCAGCACAAUCUAGUCCAGCACAAACCUAGUAAUUUGGAACAAACGGAAUUCAUUUAAUGCUGGUCAUUUUCCCUUUGUCUUUUUUAUUUUUUUUAUUUUGUUAGGUUGGACAAAUACUAAAACAAACCACUGAGUAUUUGAUGAGAGACUUGACCAUGACAGUCAGAGAGCUAUUUACAGCUGGAGUAAGGGACCAAUCCUUGAUCGGUGUUGCCAGUCCUCAUUUUGGGGCUUUUAAGUACCUCCGAUGCACUACAGUAUUAGCAGCACAGCACUCUGACACAAAUGAACAGACAUAAAACAGCAUGUAACAGGUAACUUGUAAAGGCUGCAUUUAUAAACCAUCUAGCUCACAAUGGUAGUGUAAUAUCCCACAGUCUAUUUGUAUUCUAUUUCUUCUCAGCAUUUUCAAAGGCCUGUUUGCUUUUCAGGUAUCUAUUGUUAUGGAUUAUUGUAACAAAAUGUGUAUCAUGCAUUUACAGAUUUUUUUGCAGAACUCUAUAACAUUAUAUAUGCGAACAUUUUUUAGCAAAAUUGUUCACUCAAAUUAUCCUACAUUCCAAAUUGGAUGCUGUAUCUGUAUACCACAGGCUGGGAGGAAAUAUUUCUGGCUGCUUUCCACACGGUAAUGUUCACUAGGACUUUUCAAAUGGUUUAGGUCCAAAUGAUACAGCGUGAUGGAGAACAGUAGUCCUAAAGUUUGUUUCUGAUGCAGACAACAAAAGACCAAGUCAAACCAUCGUCAUGGAGUAAUUGUCAUCUCAACAGUCAUCUCUAACUUCCUUUGUUCAGAGGAUGGGAUGUGUUCUGCAUCUCUCUCUGGUAAUUACAAAGAGGGUCUGCAGUAAGAAUGCUGCAGUUUUGUGCAAUAACUGUCGCAAUGUAAUAAACAUUCCAUUAACAUUG